AUGGAGCUUCUCGAACUCGUUGAAUAUGAGCCUGCCACUCGCCCGUUCCAGUGUGACUGGGACUCGUGCAGCAAGAGCUUCAACCGCAAGUCGGAUCUUCAGCGCCACUACAGGAUUCACACCAACGAGCGCCCCUACUCCUGCUCUAUUCCCGGCUGUGGCAAGAGCUUCAUCCAGCGCAGCGCCCUGACUGUUCACAUCCGAACUCACACUGGCGAGAAGCCUCACCAGUGCCAACACAUGGGUUGCGGCAAGCGCUUCUCUGACUCUUCCUCUCUCGCCCGCCAUCGCCGCAUUCACACCGGCAAGCGCCCCUACAAAUGCGCCCACGACGGCUGCAUCAAGAGCUUCUGCCGCAAGACCACCAUGGUCAAGCACCAGCGCCGCUCUCACCAGCGCGGCCUCCACCCCAACGAAGUCAUGGACGACUGCUCCUCCGACUCGGACAUGGGCGAGUCGCCUCCUACUCCUACCCAGACAGCCAUGUCCUGGCCCGUUUCCCACAUUGUGCCCGGUCAGGCCCUGCCCCAUGGCCACCACGUCAUGCACCGCGCUGCGUCCUUCCCCGACUUUAACCAGCAGAUGCACCAGUACAACAUGCAAAACGUCGCCGCCGCCGGGUACUCGGUCCAGCAGCACCCCGUCAUGCUCCAGCGCAGCCAGUCUAUCCAGCAGCCCUUUUACGUCGUCGAGCAGGGCAACCCAGGCGUCGCCACCAUGAACACCAACAUCCACCCCUCCUUCCAGGUCCCUCGCGGCCAGAGCGAGCGCCCGAGCAGCGUCGUCGAGAUGGCCUACACCACACAGGGCAUGACGACGCCCAUCACCAGCAGCCCCGGCUUCUCCCCCGUCGCCGGCCAGAGCCCGACCAUCCGCGACGGCCUCUACACGCACGCCUCGCAAGAAAGCCAGUACGCCAUGCACAACGCCGCCGCCGUCGAGCAGCAGCCCAUGAUCCAGUACACGCAGCAGAUGCCGCCGCAGACCCAGGCCCCUGCCGGGCACUACCCGUCCCCUCAGCCCGAGACGGAGCAGUGGUACCAGUACCAGGCGCCGGUCGAGGUCGCCACCAUCGGCCAGCUGCCUGCCUACGGAUCCGGCAUCUACGACCUCUACGGCGGCCCCAAGAUCGAGUUCGAUGACCCGUCCAUGCAGCUGCCCAGCAGCCGCAUCGCAGCCAUCUAA